ACCGCGACGGCUCGCUCACGACCCUCUUGGGGGUGGUAAAGUAUCCUUUAUGGGCGUCAGUUGUUGGAAAGUGGGUUGCGAUGGAAGAUUGGCAAUGGUCAAUCGGCCUCCCUUCUCCAGUCUAACUGGAUUCCUCGGUAUCAGUUAGACCCCUCUUCCUAUAAUCCCCGGGUCUUGCCUGAGGGGGGUGAUCCCUUGGUGGCGGAAGUUAUUAGUGAGGGGGGAGGUGGUCUGAUGAAAUGCUCAAUCAAUGGUUUGAUCCACCCACCUGUAAGGCUAUUAAAACUAUUCCCCUCCCGCGCAUGGAUGUACCUGAUAAGCUUAUUUGGCAUUUUGCGGCGGAUGGGGUCUUCUCGGUUAAGACGGCUUAUCAUUUAGCAGUUGAUUUGGACAGGAGGAGGGGGGGUGGCGUUCCUCGGUAAGCUGGAUGGAUAAGUCGAGCUGGAUUAAAGUUUGGGAGGCUAAGAUCCCUCCGAAAUUGAAAGUAUUUGUUUGGCAGAUUUUUAAUCGGGCCCUGCCGACUAUGGAGGCGCUUAUUGAGAAGAAGGUCCCGGUGCUACCUCGGUGUCCAGUUUGUUGGGAAGGCCCGGAGACAAUGGAGCAUUUGUUCCUUUAUUGUCCGGUGGCGCGGGCCCUCUGGGAUUAUUCGGGGCUGGAAUACUUGGGCGAGGGUUUGCCUCGACAGACUUUCCCUUUGUUUCUCAAACGUCUGUUGGGCUUGAUCCAUCAUCCUGAGAUGGUUAUGGCUGUUGUUGCCAUUCUUUGGCGGAUCUGGAGAUCUCGGAAUUGGGUGGUCUUUGAAGGCAAGCAAUUUGGGAUUUUGGCGCUCAUGCGACAGUUCAACCAGCAGGUUGAGGAAUGGAUGGGCCUUCCAGCGGAUCAGGCGCCUAGGGUUCAACGCCCGAUAAUACGAACAACUUCACAUUUGGAUGGUGCCCAUUGGGUUUGCAUGUGGGACGGGGCUACUAAGAGUGGGUCUCAUUCGGCUGGUGGGAUGGUUCUUUUUGACCCAGCUCGGGCUCUGUUGCUGGCUAGAGGGGUCCAGUUCGCGCACUUGGAUGAUCCUGCGGGGGUUGAACUGCUUGUGCUGAGGGAAGCUAUUAGUUGGUGUAUGGAGCAAGGUUUGUCGGAGGUCUGCUUUGAGGGCGAUGCGAAGGUGAUAAUCGACAAAAUUAAUCAGGCCAACACAAGCGAUAGCCGGUUGGGUGCUGUUCUUGAAGAGAUUGUUCAUUACUUUCGUGUUCCGCCUGGCUUUAGAGUGCGUUUUGUAGGACGGGAGAACAAUAGGGUAGCUCAUUUGGUAGCUAGGAAAGCCUUCUCUUUGUACCCGACCAUGAGUCGUUUUUUUGAUUUCCAGACCUGGCUGGGUUCCAGGGUGUAACUAUCUUCUGAUUUGAUCAAGAUAUGAUAUCUUUAGAAAAAAAAAAACUAAAAUAUGUUAAUGUAGGUUAUGCAAAAGCUUAAUUUUCGUUCCAGCCAUGCAUUUCGGAAGUGUGUGAACAAAGAGGCAACGCCUUUGAGAGAUGAGAUCAUUCAAGCGCUUAUUUAGAAAACUAUUAAUGAACUUUACCUAAAAAAACUCAAAAAUUUAAAACAAUAGAGAAAAAAGAGAAUUAAGAGAAUGAGAGAGACAGAGAGGUGUUCACACAUUCAAUUCUUUAUUACUCAUGAUCACACCUCUCUCUCUUUCACUCAUUCCUUCAAUACCAUAUUGUCUAUUUCAAUUGCUAAUCAGCUUUAUUGAAGUAAAAGAAAGCAUUUGAUUAUUACAUAACUAAAACCUUUUUUAUUUUUUUCCUCUACCCUCUAUAGAUUGAUGGUUUGUUUUUCAUUCUAAACUCUCUCUCGUGGUUUACUUCUACUAUGCAAUUUAACAUAUGUAAAGAAUUAGAAAAUCAUCAAUUAUAAUGGCGAAUUGGAAAAAGAUGAUACAUCCCGUAAAAAAAAUAUGGAAGGGUGUUACUGUACGACUAAAGUUUCGCAAAAGAGGUAAAUUGAAAACUUGCUUUUGUUUUCUGUUAUAACCAAUCUACUUGAGAAUCUUCUUACAUUUUGCAUGAUUAUGGAUUAAUUUACUAUAUUUUUAUGAACAUUGAUCACUUACAUAUAAAAAAUUGAAUAAGUACAUGAAGAACCUAGAUUUAACAUAUUAUGAGUUUGUCAUAGUAUUUAUUUACCGAGUUUUCAUUUGUUUAUACUUUGGACGAGUUGAUGUGCAUAAAAGAUACUGUGAUAGUACAUCAAGUAACUCACUUAAAUUUCAUAUGUAAUAAGCAUUAAAAGAGAAACUGUUAGGGUGUGUUUUAUGUUUUUACCUUGGAAACUUUUGUUUAUAGAAGUAGUCAAUUACUUUUCAUAAAAAAAAACAAUUUGUUUAUAUUAUACCUAGAAAGGGUUACGAUUUCCGCAUGUUCUUCCUUGAACUCCUUUUCGAUAGUGAACUAUUAUGAUUUUCUUAUUCUGCUGAAUUACUAAUCAUUGUAGUACAAUUUUUACAUUGAUUAAUUAAGUUAUGGUGAUAAUAAAUCGAGGGGAAGGAAGAUGCUAUUUUUAUAACUUUAUUUUUUUACAUACAAAACUUAACUUUUUUGGAUAUGUUUGUUGUUGUAUAAUUUAUAUGUUUUGCAUAUGUACUAAUGUAUGCAUUAUGGUUAUAUAAUGUUGAAAACUUCAUCUAAAUAUUAACUAAAUCAUAUGAUAUUGAGAUAAUUAUAUGCGUAAUAAGUAAUCAAUUUGACAUGCUUUUUCUUCCUCUUUUCAAAUUUUGGUAACAUGUUUGAAAUAACGCAGGGAUUAGUAAAUUGAAACAAGAUGUGAGAGCUUCCAAGUACAAUGAUGUUCACGUUAUGUGGGAUAUGCUAAAAGAAAAUCAAGUAGAAGUUUUGAAGACGGGCAAAGCUGGUCAUAUUUGGAAACAAUGUGGCUAAUCCCCCCCCCCCCCCCCCCCCCCCCCCCCCCCCCACCCAUGGGUAAAACUAUAUUGUUGUUAAAAUAUGACCAAUUAGUCUUUCUCAUGUGCAAUAGUUCGAGAAAAUAGUUCGAGAAAUGGAGUGGUUCCCGAUGCAAGGAUUUGCUCUUUUACAUUAAAAAUGUAUUUUAUAUGAACCCACAUCGAUGGUUAUUGGUUGGAUAAUUUCUGUAUAUUUUAGCUCAGUGCUUCAAUUUCUUAUUGAGGAAAACUUUCAUGAGUUGCAAAGCCGGAGAUAAUAACAAUGAAAUUGGGAGGUGACU